ACAAUCUUGUGUUGGUUGUGUUUGUUAUUCAAACUUUAUCAAAAACCUUCCUUGUCAACAAACAAGAUCAACUCCUUGCUGCUUUUGCUUUUGUUUCCUUCAUCCCUCCUUACCGUUGUAUGAUCUUCAACUUUAACGUCCAUCUCAUACCCUCAAACAAACCUUGGCAUCACUCUGCAUUCAAGUAUUCAUAACGACUUUUCGACUGCAACCAUUCUUGCACUAGACGACUACAUCUUCCAUUACAAGUUUCCCAAUUAUCGAAUUACACAAUAUCUCUCUUACUCUAGAUGGCAAUAAUGGAUCAUUCAAUGCACUCUCACCCUGAAUCGGGAGAAGAGGGAGCUUUUGACAGCUCUGCUUUUCUCUUGCACCAAGGUCAAGAAAUGAACUUUGGAGAUAUGCAUACCCACUCUACACCAAAGAUGGGAGAUCAAGAAAGACAAAGUCAUUCUCCGCCAGGAAAUUUAAGCCUUUCACAAUUGACAGGAAUGCCAGGUUUAUCUGAUUCCAUGUCUUCUGCCCAUCAACAUCCACCACCGUCACAUUCUUGGCAACAUCAGAAUGGAUCAGAUGUAUUCCUAGAUUCAGAACGUGAUUCUGACAUGAACCAAAAUAGUCUCGGCCUUUUGGGCGGUAGCUUCCCAAACACAUCUGUUUCAUCAACUCCUUCAACGAUUCAAGCAUCCUCUCAUGGACAUCAUCACCAUCAUUCUUCCUCCUCUGCAUCUUUCCCUUCUCCCUUUACUGCUGCUUCAAUGGCCAACGGAACGACAUUGCUACAAAACAGUCAUCCCGGUCACCAGUCGAAUUGGCAGCAUAUGAUGGGUAACGAUAUGCAAUUCAAUGGAAUGGAAGGAGGGGCAACAUUGCAUCGUCAACAAUCUAUUUCAAACUUGUCUGAUGCCUCAAGUUCUUCAAUAUAUAACGAUGGUGCAAGCUUUGGCAGUCAAAGUGCAUUUGAUCCAACUUCCCCAAUUCGUUCCUCUUUUACACCUUCGCAAUCGCCUAUGGGAAUGUCUCACUCGCUCUCCUCUUUGGCAGGAUUGGCAAUCGGUACGCCCCAUCAACAAGCAAUGAACCCAUCUGCAUUGGAAGAAUACGUUUCUGGUCCAGGCUCGCAAUUUGCUCACCAUGAGCACUUGUUAUCUCUUUCGGGAACUCAUCCAACUUCCGUUCCUUCAAGUGCCUCAACACAAAAUUUUUCUCUCAUGGCACCUCCAAUCUCCACUGCGGUCAACUCACGUAGAAGAUCGACAGGUGUUGCACAUACAUUGUACACCGAUCAAGUUCGUCAAUUGAGGCAUGAUAUGGGCGGAAAUACAACAUCAGCAGAUGAUAUCACCCCUAUGCCGCCAUCUUAUCAAGUGUUUGCAGGUCAAACAUCUGAAAGCGAAGUUUCAAGCUUGGCAUCUCAAGGAUCUUCAGGUAGAAACACUUCAAAUGGUGAACAAAAUCGAAGGUUGCCGAGUACGCCGCGUAGUUCUAGAAAUUCGGCAAACCUUGGCAACCAUGAUCAACACCCUGCCACAAUGCCACCAACGAUGCACAGCUAUAAUGGUUUCCAAACCCCUCAAUCUAUGCGACCUCAAUCAUCACCCGAUGAUUCUAGCGUCAUUGGCAGCUCCAUUUCUGGUUCUGCAUUCUCUGCUCCACGAUUGACGAGGAUGGAUUCGUUUGAUAGUUUCACAACUGGAAGUGCUUAUUCUUCUCCAUCAAGUGAAUCACGAGGAAGCAUUGCAAUGCAAGGAAGUUACAGUCAUGGAAUGAUUGGCUCUAAUGGAAGAUCGUUGGAAGCAAGUAUUGCAGAGCAUGAAGCAAAAUUGGCCGCUGCUCAAAAUGCAACACAUAUGCAUCAGAACGGAACAGAUUCGACUGGAGAUCGAACACUUUCACCCUCUUCGGUUAGCACAAUGUCAGGCAGCGGAGGUGGUCAAUCAGCUUCCAUGUCUCGCGUUUCAUCAGCUCCUGCACGAGAUGGAAUCAAUGGAUUCACAUCAAUUCCAAGUACUCCUUUACGUUCUUCUUUGGGCUUGCAUCAUCAAUACGAACAACAAGAAUCUCCUCUUCCAAGUACACCAAUGGGACCGAACAAUAUGGCAGCCACUGCAGCUGCAUUGAAUGCAGCAGGAUUGUCCGGUUACUCUACUUCUCAAAUGCAAGCUAUGGCAAGAGAUGCAAAUACUGCCGCAUAUGCUGCUCAUCAUCAUCAUCGAAUGCACGAAUUGACGAUGAGCGCUCCACAAAUGAUUUCUUCCCGCAGUACAAGUAGCUUGCCUUCGCCUGGAAUGGGAAUGAGUAUGGGCUUGAUGUCACCUGCAGGUGCACCGGCUUCGAUGCACAAUCCUUUUGGCUCGCCUGAAGGAGGAGACGAUAUGAUUCGUUCUCCUUCAAGCGGAGCUGCAAGGAAUGCAACACCAAAGAGCCGUGGCAGAAAUGCAGCACCUCCUCCUUUGAUCGUUUCUUCUGCUGAUAAGCUGCACGUUUGUUAUUGUGGAAAGCGAUUCAAACGAUUGGAACAUCUCAAAAGACAUAAUCGCGUUCAUACACAAGAAAGGCCACAUCCUUGUCCUGCGCCUGGUUGUAAUAAAUGGUUCGGCAGGACGGAUAAUUUGACUCAACAUCUCAAAACGCAUUAUAGAACGUUGGGCAGAACAAGCGAGAGUUUGUUACACAUCACUCAAGCUGCUGCUGCUGCAAAAGCCAACGGUCCAGAAUCACGCGGCUUGACAGGUAACGGAAUGACGGGUAUGGCUUUAGAUAACGGUCAUGAACCUCAAGAAGCAAGACAUGAUCCACACGCAGCUGCUGCUGCUGCCGCUGCUCAAGCUGUUUCAAAAACAAACAUGAAACGCAGAAUUACUAUCAGCAAUGAUAUGUUGGGCGGACCAAUCUCAUUAUCUUCUCCUGGUUCAAGUGUCGGAAACGGUUCUCGUUCAUCUGUGGACAUGCUUGGAAAACGUGGAUCAGAUGGUUUCAUCGUACCACAACAACAACAAGGAUUGAAACCGUCUGUUUCUCCUCAACCUUCUUCUCUCUCGCCUAUGGGAUAAAGCAUUUUCUCUUGGAUAUUUAUUUCUUCUUCACGGUCACAAAUUAUACAUUCACGGUCAUUCAACAUUUUCAUUCUCUCUCUAUUUUUGGAUUCUCUACUGUAGCCUACAAACAGCUCUUCAUGCUCAGCACUCGAUUGCCAUUCAAGCACAACAAAACGCAUUCAUUGCUUCG